AUGCAGGGAGGCUUGGAAGAUACUUUCUUCGACCGAGUCGACAGCACCGACACCAUCGACAACCAAGAUGCCGAUUCCGACAUCGACGCGCAAAAAGAGGCAUUUAUGCUAGCCAUGACGGCGUUGAAUCGCCUGGCGCCCAUUAUCGGCGUGUACGACUUCUCGUGGAUCGCCGAGGCAUCGGAAAAGGAAGGCGGUGGCAGAGUAACACUGGUCGAUGUUGGCGGCGGCAGCAGCCAUGAGAUUCAGUCUAUCUGCGAGAACACUGGCCUGCCGCUUGCACGUUGUGUGUUCCAGGACAAGGAGACUGUCAUCUCGAAGGUCGAAAAUCGGGGACUCUGCCGGGAUUGA